UUAUUCCCGUAGACUGUAAGGAUCUUCAAUCAGAUGGAUACAUUAAUUCAGGGGUGUAUGAAAUCUACCCCUAUGGCAUAAUGACCAGUCCUGUCCGUGUUUACUGCGACAUGACAACUAUGGACGGAGGGUGGACGGCCAUUCAGAAACGCAUAGACGGAUCCGUUAGAUUUAACAGGACCUGGACGGAAUACAAAAAUGGUUUUGGUUCCCCGGAACAGAAUGUCUGGGUUGGAAAUGACUUAAUACAUCAGUUAACAAAAGAAAACAACUCGACCCUUUAUGUGUCUAUCACUCUUCAUAAUGGCGCAACGCUGUAUGAAAUGUACGACAGAUUCUCUAUCUCUGACGAAACAGCGAAAUAUAAACUCUUUCUUGCAGGACCUGCCACGGGAAACUUAGCCACUAACAGAGAAGCCUCACUCGCCCACAAGCAACAGCAAAAGGAUCGGUCAGAGACACCACCUUUCUCUUACUUGGGUAUCAAGAUCUGCAACUUACUGCCAGCAUAG